AUGUCAACACCCAACAGCAAGGACAACACAAUGUCCGAAGCAAGUCACCACAACGAAAAGACUGAGCAGGGGGCCGCGGUCAACGCGUCGGUCCCUAUCGUCGCUGACGCGCUCCCCCAUGAACACAAGCCCGACCCAUGGGGCCCGGGCCAUAAGAAGCUGUACCUCAUGUGCGGUUUGGUGUAUUUCUGCUCAACUAUGAACGGUUAUGAUGGCUCCCUUAUGGGAUCGAUCAACGCGCUGCCAGAAUACCAGCAGUACUACAACCUUGGCCCUGACGGCGCCACCUCCACUGGAUUGGUCUUUAGUAUCUUCCAGAUCGGCCAAAUGGUUGCGGCGUUGUUCCUCUGGAUUCCCGACUGGAGAGGACGUCGAACUGCGAUGUUUGUCGGCUGCGUCGGAGUUAUCAUCGCCACAGUAGUCACUACCGUCGCUCCAAACCUAGGAACCUUCAUUGGCGGUCGGUUCCUGCUGAGCUUCUUCGCCACAAUUGCGUACAACUCCGCACCACUCUACCUCGUCGAGAUCGCCCCUCCCCUCUACCGAGGAACAAUCGCCGGCAUUUUCAACACUCUUUGGUACAUGGGGUCGAUUAUUGCCACCUUUGCCGUCUAUGGAGCCAACUUGCACAUUCAAGGCAACCUCAAAUGGCGGCUGCCGCUUUGGCUUCAGAUGCUCUGCCCUGGUAUUGUCUGUCUCGGUGUUUUGUUCAUUCCCGAGAGCCCUCGAUGGCUUGUCAGCAAAGGCCGCCAUGAGGAGGCUCGAAACAUCAUCGUGGAGUACCAUGCCAAUGGUGAUGCCGAGCACCCCAUUGUCGACUUGGAAAUGAAAGAAAUUGAGCACUCUCUCGCAACUGCCGGCGUAAUCUCCUUCCGAAACUCGAUUGAUCUCCGCGGUCUAUUCUGUUCCUCCGGCCGACGAUACCGAUUGAUGCUUGUUAUCACAUUCGCCUGGUUUGGCCAGUUCAGCGGGAACAACAUUGCCAGCUACUACCUACCCAUGAUGAUGAACAAUGUGGGCAUCACAUCUACCAACCUGGUUCUGUUGAUGAACGCCAUCUACGCCGUUGUCGGCUGGAUCUUCGCUACAAGCGGCGCUCGUUUCCACGAUGUGUUCGGCCGGCGAAAGAUGCUCAUGGGAUCGUGCGCUGGAUUGUCGGUGUGUCUCGCCAUCGUUGCCGGCACUGCAGCCAAGUACGAGCAGACUGGUAGCACGCAGGCUAGCGCGGCCAGCAUUGCCUUCAUCUUCAUCUUUGGUGCAUUCUUCGCCUUCUCCUUCACACCCAUGCAGCCCAUUUACCCCGCCGAGGUCCUGUCCAUGACAGUGCUAACCUCCUUGCCACCAUUAGACGAUAUGAGAGCCAAGGGCAUGAUGGUCUUCGCCAUCGCGUCCGGCUGCGCUAGCUUUGUCAACACCUUCGCUGCACCGAAAGCUCUCCACGACAUCCGCUACUGGUUCUACGUGUUCUUUGUGUUUUGGGAUGUCUUCGAGUUUAUCUUCAUCUACUUCUUCUACGUCGAGACAAAGGGCUGGACGCUAGAGGAGCUGGAUGACGUGUUCGACAGCAAGAACCCCAAGAAGGCGAGUCUGAGCAAGCCUGCCGCCCCAGGGUCGGCAUGA